AUGGCGCAAGGCGGCGGCGAUGGUGGUGGUGGAAGCUUUGGUGCUUCGAGUGCUAUCCAGUUGAGGGUUCUGAACGAUAUUGCUUUGCUUAAGAAGGAUUGCAUUGGUUCCUCUCUUUCUUGGGUUCCUCAUACAAGAAAUGGUGCGACUCAUUUAUUGAGCAAGAAGGCUUUAGAAGCCGAGAAAAAAGAAGAGAAGAAACAGAGUAAGACUGAGAAGAGGAAGAAAAAGUACAGGGGAGUCCGACAGAGGAGGUGGGGGAAGUGGGCUGCGGAGAUCCAAGACCCCAAGAGAGCAACCCGGGUGUGGCUUGGCACGUUCGAGACCGGGGAGGCUGCAGCUAGGGCUUAUGACAAGGCGGCCAUUGAGUUCCGCGGAGCCAAAGCCAAGCUUAACUUCCCAUUUUCAGAUUAUACAGAGGGACAAAGCUCGGAACCACAACCAGAAAAUGAAGAGCUCAGAGCCAACUCGUUGGAGAAGAAGAGUGAGAGUGCAGAGACUAGUAAGGAAGAUAAUUAUGAUUGGUUUUGGGAUAUGAUGGAAAAGGAUGGGCUUCAAGAGUGA